AUGGAGCCUGACUUCCACAUCGAGUCUCUGGCAAAUGAGAUUGAAAGGCUCGAGAAUCUAAAUAAGACGUAUAUGAAGGAGCAGAGAACUUUGAUAAGGGAGAAUCGGCUCCUUCGGACAAAUUUUGCGGUCCUAACAUCUCCCUUGGUGAUACAAUGGGCUGCAACCUCGAAUCUCAAGAGGAGUGAUGAUCGAAUGAACGACAAGGCCAGUCUUAUCUUAGAAAGUUUCCAUGCCAUAAAAGAAGUAAGAGGUGCCAGUGUUCAAGAGGCGGCCUGCACUGGCUAUUCCGAAGCUCAUGAAACGGAAACUCAUAGUGUAACCCCCGAUAUGUAG